AUGACCAGUGAGUUGAGUUCACAAAGAUUUCAGGCUGACAUUUCACUGAUCCCGUUUGACAUAAAGAACAACUAUUCAUCUUCCAUCAAAAGUGAAAAUAUGGUUAACGAUCCAUACAUAGGACCCAUCAACACCUCUAACAAUAAUGCGUCAAGCGCUAAAUGCUUGCUGAAGCUCUCAGGGUAUCACUUAGCCUUCAUUCCUGCUCUCUACUAUAUUAUCUUUGUCCUUGGUUUAAUUGGCAACAGCGUGGUGGUUUCCCUAUUCUGUUGCCACCGAGGGCCCAAAAAAGUUGCUAGUAUUUACAUCUUCAACCUCGCCAUGGCAGACCUGCUGUUUCUAGCCACUCUGCCCCUCUGGGCCACUUAUUACUCUUAUGGCUACAACUGGUUCUUUGGUUCAGUGAUGUGCAAAAUCUCCAGUGCCCUCCUGUGUCUGAACAUGUAUGCCAGUGUUUUUUUUAUCACCUGCAUGAGUAUAGACAGGUACCAAGCUGUUGUCUACCCCUUCCAGUCCCAGAGAAGAACCCCAUGGCAGAUGUCAUUUAUUGUGCCCCUUGUGUGGGGACUGGCCUGUGUGUCCUCUCUGCCAACAUUUUAUUUCCGAGAUAUCAAGCCUAUCGACCACUUGGGAGUGAAUGCAUGUAUCAUGGCCUUCCCUCCUGAGAAGUAUUCACAGUGGUCAGCAGGGAUGGCCUUCAUGAAGAAUGCCCUUGGCUUUGUGAUCCCAUUGGUGUUCAUAGCCACAUGCUAUGCUGGCAUCCGAAAGCACCUGAUGAAGGCAAGUGGGUUUGGGAAGAAUCAGCUCAUGAGAGACAGGGUAUUGAAGAUGGCGGCUGCAGUUGUCCUGGCCUUUGUUGUCUGCUGGCUCCCCUUCCACGUUUUAACCUUCUUGGAUACACUGGCAUGGCUACACGUCAUCACUAACUGUGAUGUGAUCUCAGCCAUUGAUACUGCCAUGCCUUUUGGCAUCUGCAUGGGCUUUGCAAACAGCUGCAUCAAUCCAUUUCUGUACUGUUUUGUUGGAAACCAGUUCCAAGAGAGAUGCCGGCGCCUGUUUAAGCUGAGAGUUUCUCAGCUCCGCAAGAAUAGAGAUAGUAUGUCUUCCAGAAAAGGGAAUUCUCUUAAGGAAGUGGAGACCCUAAUGGAAUGA